CGAGACAAUCAGUGCGGUUGCAAGUGCCGCGCUAAGAUUAAUAAUGAAUAAGCCUAAUCUACUGAUCGUUUGCGCGACCUUGGCGCUUCUCCAUUUGGAGAUAGGAGCAGCAAGAGCAACUGGAAAUGGAUUCAACCCAGCUUUGUACACUGAGGCGCGGAGAUUCGGCUUGGAUGAAGGAAUUCUAAAUGAAAUGUGGCGAACCAAGAAGCCGUGGGUUAACACAAAGCGAAGUAUUGAUGGUACAGUCACUAAGGAGACAAUUUGGUUCAGUCCAAAUGGAGAAAAACUGCAUUGGAAAACCGAUACAAAACUCCCGGUAAUCAAUAAUCCGGUACUUACACAAAUUCAAGAUAAUUUAAACAUUUUAUCAAAUAAUAUACGCAACCAGCUGCAAACGACAUUCGGACUUCACAGUAUUUAUAAUAAUCCUUUCGUCAAUCCGGUUGGCUUUGGUUUCCCCGACUUUAACAUAUUUAAUAACUUAAACGGAAACGGACAAAAUAAUCAGUUCGAGGUGCGAGAACUCGACUCAAUACCUUGUUAUUGCCAACAAUCUGGUACACCAAAUGAACGCAGCCCGGGAUAUAUUCCAAACCGAGAAGAGCCCAGAAUAAAGGACCGCAAUCACGGAUAUAUUCCCUCCCGAGAAGAGCCCAGGAUGGGUGACCACAACCCGGGAUAUAUGCCCCGCCGAGAAUCCGAUGAUCGGCAAUCGUUCGGUGGUGCCCCACGAGUUGACUCCAAUACAAAUGACCGAAAUCCAAUAAGGCCCGACGAUGAUAAUAUAUGGUUGCCGUCGUUUACAACUACAACGCAGCGAACCUUUAUUCCAGUGCCCGCGAAUGCACCUGCAACUCCAGCCUUUCAAUUUGACUCCCAGGCAAAUAAUUCCGACGAACCUUUAUGGGUGCCAGUACCAGAUCCUACCACAACCCAGCGAUCUUUGGUUCCUCUGCCCACAUUGGCACCCAAAGACGGCGGAGCGGACACAUCCAUCGAUGACUACUUGGCUAAGGUGGACAUCACUGCCGCUGACAUCGCGGACGAGGAUGGGAUGCUGGUCAGGACGAUCGUGGAUGAGAAAGGGCGAGUUCUAAACGCCAGUUUCUCUUUAAAAACUGAGGAAGGACGUAACGUUAAUUCGAACUAGCAAGGUCCUACCAUCAACAGAAAUAUGUUUGUCCCAAUUUUAAAUGUUAACCACAUAUGGUGAUAUAUGUCGAUAUCUGUUUUUCAAUAACAAAGCUUUCGCUUAAUAAACAAGUACUGUGUACAUGA